AUGAUGUCCAAAAAGUUAGUAGUGUCCUUAGCCAUUAUGGCACUACUUUUGCUAAAUAGCGUAAAACCGAACCAAGCCGCUCGAAUUCUAAACGAAGACGAACAAAUUAUACGGACGAACAAAUGGGGUGCUCGACAAGACCACCUUUUGCUGCCAAUCUUGCAACGUGGCCGGCCCGUGGGCCCCCCGUCGCCAAGUGGUUGCACGUGGGUCCCCGGCCAAGGGGGGAAGCCGUGCUCCGCCACCGUCGGCCAGCGGAGCUUCGCCGGAAAAAGUCAAUUGGAUGCCGCCCGAAACAUAACGGAGCCCAAAUGA